AUGACCGAUUAUUUUGAACGUUUGGGUAUUUCCUUUUCUUUCGAAUUUACCCUACCCCCUAAAUUUUGCGAUCUACCAUUAUCCAUAAUAAGCUCUAUGGCUAUGCGUAUCACCAUAUUCGGGGCAACAGGCAACCAAGGAGGGUCGGCUGCUCGAUCCCUGCUGCAAAACCCCACAUUUCAGGUCCGAGGCAUCAGCCGAGACCCUAAUUCAGAUGCCAGCAAGAAACUCGCUGAGCAGGGCGCGGAAGUCGUUCAAGCAAAUGGAUUCGAUUUUGCCCAAAUGGUGGCAGCGUUCCAGGAUUCAUGGGGUGCUUUUGUGAAUAUCAAUUCUGAUGAUGAAGUUUUUCAGAACAAUGACGGUCCAAUCGAGUUCGAUAUGGGAAAAAUCAUUGUUGAUGCUGCCAUUAAGGCGGGUGUCCAGUGUUUUGUCUUUAGCUCAGGGCCCCCUUGCACCGAAAUGACGAAUGGUGAGGUCCAAAUGAAAGCCAUGGACAUGAAAUACAAGGUAGAGCAAUAUGCCAGACGUUCCGAGGCCUUCCAAACCUUCAUUCCAAUUGGAGCAGGGUGGUUCCUGGAAAACUUCCUCAGCAAGGAGGUGGCCCCCGUGUUUGGAGGUUUCCCUCACUUUGUGGAUAGUGAAGGAUAUUUCACAUUCCGCGUGCCUAAUUGGGGCGGGGAUGGAUAUGUGCCCUGGCUGAGUAUCUCCGAUGAUUUUGGUGAUAUCGUCCAUGGGAUCUACCUGGACCCCGUUAGAUGGAACGGGAAGUUUGUGCAUGGUAUCAGCGAUAUUCGCACCUUCGAGAACAUUAUGAUGGACUUCAAUCAUGCUACAGGCUCGAUGGCAAGAUUCGAUCCUAUCUUGCCGGAUUGGAAGUUCUUUGACACCCAUGGAAUCCACCAGUUGGAGGACGUCAAACUCAUGUUUGGGCUAGCCCAGAUUACUGGUGGGAGAUCUUUUGAGGAAUAUGCAGAGAUUGAAACAGCUUUCAUGUUGAAACAAGCGACGGCGGAGGCCCUGGGGUGGCCACAGAAGAAGCACUAUUUGGUGACAACCACUGAGUGGUUUGAUGCCCGGUUUGGCUCAGCCGGAUUUUCUAACACUCCUAAAGUCUCUGGGUGA